UCCUCGAGCCAGUGAGCUGAGGGAGCAGAGCGCGCUCUCGAGAGGGGAGAACCUCGAGACACAGGGCCAAAAAGAGAAAUAAAGCAGAACAAAAAGCAUAGAUAUUGUGCGAAUUAAAGUGAUUGAUGAAUGAAAUAUAGCCGUGUCGUCACAAAUAAUACUUAUAUUUUACUUGAAGAAAUAAAUAUAUCCUAACUUUUGAUGCAUAGCUAGCCUAGCUAGCUUUCCACAGCGCCUGUUUUAAGCCAACUCAACGCCGAGUUGAGAUACCUAGCUAGCAACCCAGCUAGCCUAGUCGGAUAGUGGAAAUUAAGAAUAUAUGGAGUGAAAAAGAGGCGUACACGAAGCGGAUUUUUUUGCAAAGUAUCUCGGUUGUUCGAGUCAGAAACUUGCACGACCCUAAAGAAGUUAUUUUCUUUAUUUUUUUAUUCAAAAAGUUAGCUUCCGCUUGGCACGGGCCUAGAGUGUCGCGAGCUGUUAGUUACUUCGCGCGUGUACACUCGGCGCGUGGUGCGGCUGUCACGGAACCGUAAAGUGUGUGAAAAUCUAAAGGAAGAUGUCGGCUCAAGCACAAAUGCGGGCAAUGCUGGACCAGCUGAUGGGCACGGGCAGAGAUGGUGACAGCAUGCGACAGAGGAUUAAGUUCACAGACGAGAGGGUGUGUAAGAGUCACCUCCUCGACUCCUGUCCACAUGACAUACUGUCAGGCACGCGCAUGGACUUGGGGGAGUGUGUGAAAGUUCACGACCUGGCUCUCAGGGCAGACUUUGAGAUUGCCUCCAAAAAGCAGGAGUACUUCUUUGAACUUGAUGCCACAGAGCACCUGCAGUCCUUUAUCGCGGACUGCGACCGCAGGACAGAACUGGCGAAGAAGCGUUUGGCGGAGACGCAGGAGGAGAUCAGCGCGGAGGUCGCUGCCAAGGCGGAGCGGGUGCACGAGCUGAACGAGGAGAUCGGGAAGCUGCUGGCGCGGGCGGAGCAGCUGGGGGGCGAGGGGAACGUGGACGAGGCGCAGCAGGUGCUGGAGAAGGUGGAGAAGACCCGCGCCAUGAAGAGAGAGGCCGAGGACGUGUACAGGAACUCGAUGCCAGCCUCCAGUUUUCAGCAGCAGAAGCUCAGGGUCUGUGAGGUGUGCUCUGCGUACCUGGGUCUCCAUGACAACGACCGUCGUCUGGCUGACCACUUUGGUGGGAAGCUACACCUGGGCUUCAUUGAGAUCCGCGAAAAGCUGGAGAAACUAAGGAAAAUGGUUACUGAAAAACAAGAGCUGAUGCGGACCAGAAGACGGGAGGAACGAGACAAAGAGGAGGAGCGAGAGAGAGAGUGGGAACGAGAACGGGAGAAGGAAAGGGAGCGAGAGAGGGAGCGGGAGAGAGAAAGAGAGAGGGAACGAGAGCGUGAGCGGGAGAGAGAGCGGGAAAGGGAUAGACGAAGGACAAGAUCAAGAAGCGGAGAACGUUACAGGGAUGGUGGGAGCUCCUCCCAUCACUCCAGAAGGCAUCACUCCUCUCGCCCACGGGAAGAAGGAGGAGAGAGGGAGAAGGACAGGGAGAGGAGGCACAGACACAAGGACAGACACCGCUCCCGCUCACACUCUCAUAGGAGCAAAAAGAAGAGGUCGUCCCGCGACAGAACCCCUCCCCCCAGAGAGAGGGAGCGGUCCCCAUCGCCGGAGAGAGGGAACGAAGGGGGCAGAGGGGAUUGGCAGAGGGAGGGCUGGCCGACGGAGAGGGAGGGGUCCCCUUCGGUGGAGAUGCCCAGGAGAAGAGAGCCCAGCGAGGAGAGAGAGAGAUCCUUGUCAGCGGAGAGGGACAGGCGCUCGAGUUCUGAGGAGAGGGAAUCGGGGGAGCUAUAAUGGGAUGGACGGGCAUGGAGUGUAUAUACCGUAUAUAUUCAGGUGGUUGGCAAGAUUGAGUAUGGUAUGGUAGGAUGGGAUAAAGGUGAAGACUGAAGAGGAAAAACAAGAGGAAAAAUGGGGAAAUUGUCCUUCCUGAUAAAUGUCAGAGAAAGGGGUGAAGGAAUGAUGUUAGGAAGGAACGAACAGGGAGACAGAUGACACCCAAAGGCUGUUUAUUUUAUUUUAGCAUGGCUGUUGGGUUAUUGUUUUUUUAUUUUUAUGAUGAUGAUCCUUGUUGUUAUCAAUACAAAAAAAAUAAGAAAAAAAGAUACUCAAUCACUUUUGGACUCUCCGAUAUAAGGUUUGAAUAAAGAUUUUAAAAAGGAAGAAAAGGUGUAUGCUGCACAUAAGUCCCAGUUACCCUGAUGUACAUGUGAUGAGACAAAGGAGUUUAAAUACAAAGGCAUUCACACAGACCACACUCGUCCCCGUAUGACUGCAACAAACACACACACACACACACACACACACACACACACACACACAGAACAACCUUUGUAUGAAACUGAUCAGGUACAAUAUAUAGAGUCUGUACCCAUCAGUAAAGAUGUGGAAAGUCCUGAGAAAUUGAGCACAAACACACACAAGAGAAUGGCAACAUAACUCCUAACUCCUGAUUGUCAGAGGCCUGGGUGUCUGUGCCUUGAUGUGCAAUUUACACCGAAAUUUAAUAAAAUGUAAGUUUCCAUUGAAA